AUGGUGGUUGGCAAGAUGGGAAAGAAAAAAAAUUGGAAGAAGUCGCGACGGGCGUCUGAUCCACAGCCUCCAUCCAAGGAGACAAGUGUACCUCAUUCAUCUCAUUCUCCUGCUCCUGCGCCCCCUUCAGAUGCAGCUCCAUCAGAUGAAUCUCCCACGAUCGUGGCUGAUGGGAAGACUUUAAUUUUUAGGAAAAAUGCCACAAUCAAUCGUGGCGAUGUAAACACAUUCCAUGUUGGAGACGUUUAUCAUCAUGACCAUACUCAUGAGGAACAUGGCGGAUCUACAGGAUUCGAGGAAAUGGAAGUGGAAGUAGACAUCGAACCUUUACCAGAUUCUGCAACAACGGGAGAGGUUGAUGCUGAUGCUACUCCUGAAGCUGAUCCUAGAAUCCUGAAGCUCAUGCAGAGAAUUUUCGCCAAUUGCCACAACGUGGAAAAAUGGAAAGAGAACACAGACUUUUGCGCCAAAUUAAAGACCCUCUUUGAAGAGCAAGGCGCCCUUCUCAGUAAGGCUCAGUUUGAUUCCGUUCAUUUCUUCGUUCGUGUCAAUGUUGGGCCCAACAGGGAUGCCUUCAUUCAAGCCUGUAACGACCGUGACAGCACCUUCUUCCAAGGCUUGACAAGUCUCCUGGUAACUCCAGAACUCGAAGAAGCUGCUGGAAUGAAACUCAGACUGAGAUUGGCUGUCAAAGACACACCAGCAAAAGAUGUCGUCUCGGCACCAAAAGGUACCUUAGCUUUAUACAAAAUAAUAUAUUAUUCUCAUAAGCCUGUAAUUUGGGAAGCCACAGAGCUUUCACUCUGA